UGAGUUUUGGCAAGCCAUCAAGGGCCACAUGACAGGCAGCCAGGGGCCGGUAAAUAUUAAUUUUCUAAAUUUUUUUAGAGGCCCCAUGGACUGGAUAGAACGGUCUGGCGGCUCAUAUCCAGCCCGUGGGCUGCAUUUUGCCCACCCCUGAGUUAUAGAGUGCUACAAACUCAACUAUCAUAGGUGAAGUAGUUCUUUUGGUGACUUUCAAAGAUGCAAUUUCAGUACAGCACGAAAAGAAAGAAAUGAAAUAGAGACAAGAAAAAUGGCACCACUGAAAUGAACCUAGCCUCCCAAUAACUAAUACUUGCUUCAGUGGUUUUCCACAUCUUUACAUCACAGUUUUUUGUUCCACUAGGACAAUUCUUAGUUUUAUUUACAAAUAUUUAUAAAUAAAAAGGGAUUAUAAAUGAAUAAAUUCUGCUGAUAUAAAAAUAUCUAGGUGGAUACACCCUCUCCUUGGGAAAAGUAAAUAAUAUGCAUUUUCCCUGCACAUUUUCAGCACUGAUUCAUUCAUUAGGCUCAAAUUCUAAGCCCUCCAGCAACUCCACCUAUUGAAACAAUUUACCCAGUGGGCAUUUGGAGGAGCCUGGCACAUGAAUAAAAACAGCACAGCUUUGAUUAGUCCUCUCAAAGUGUAAAACAAAUUGCUUUGCUUACUUUUAAACUGAAGAGGAUUGCCAGAAGGUAGCUAAAGCAAUCAUGUCAAGUAAAGGUUUCCAAGGAAUCAAACAACAGGCAGAGGGAGCAGCACAAGAUGCUACAAAUGCACUGGGCCAAGCUGCACAAGAUGCAAUGAAUCAAGCUACCAACGCAAGUCAAAAAGCUAUGGAUCACAUUUGCAAGACAGCUCAAGAUGGUGGGGAGAAAGCAACUGAUCAAACAACUGAAGCAAUGUCUGCCUUUGGAAAAAAAUGUUCAUUUAAGAAAUGAUGUAAUAAGCAAAAGAUAUCAGCUAUUGUAAAACCCAUGUUUGCCCUACUGUUCAAAGUUUGUGUUGAAAAAUGAAAAUUAUUUGAGAUUAUGGAUAAUUUACAUUGUUUAAACUUAAUUAAAAAACAUCAUGCAAAAUGCCCCACCUUAACAUUUAAAAAUAAUCCUGUGUAUUAUAUUCAUAAUCUCUUAUUCAAUAGGGAACAUGAAAGUCCUAAUAUGACUUAAGGAUUUAUCUCCUUCUUAUGGCAGUGUAAAACUUGUUACUUUGUAAAUUGAAUAAAAAUAGUAAUUCU